CCGGGCGGUGUCGGUGACACGCGGAAACCCAGGGCGCCACAGCACAGCGCGCUUCGCCAGGCCGCGCCCCGCUGCUUUCCGAGACCACCCACCUCACCGACUGUGCGGCUCUGGAACUCGCCCUUCAGCCCCUAAUCCAUCUUCACGACGCAUGGCCCGGGUCCGAACGACGCACAUGCAAAGGAUGCCCCACGUCGCUGGUCGUCAGGAAGAAGCCGAUCAAAACCACAGUGAGCUGUCCCCUCGCACCUGUCGGGACUGCUAGUCUCGAAAGUCAAAAAGACGGCAAGCGUUGGCAGGAAACGGAGGCAUUGAAGCCUUAUACGCUGUGGAUGGGAACGCAGACGGGUGCAGCCACCGUGGACGGCAGCGUGCAGGAUCCUCGAAAAGUCAAAAAAUGGAACUACCGUGUGGUCUAGCAAUCCCUCGUCCCGGAGUCAAAGGAAGCAAAAUCACCGUGUCAAAGAAACGUCUGCACACUCACGUUCAUUGCAGCUUUAUUCACAGUAACACGGAGGCAACCUAGGUGUCCGUAGAUCCAGGAGUGGAUGGACAAAGUGUGGCACAAGUGGGUGCCCCCUCCACACACACACACACACACACACACACACAGAGAGAGAGAGAGAAUGGAAUAUUAUUUGGCCUUAAAAAGGAAAUCCUGCCGUUGGAGACAAUAUGGAUGAAUCUGCAGGACAUUCUGUUAAGUGAAAUAAGCCAAACACAGAAAGACAAAUACUGCAUGAGUAUACGGACAUACAAAAUACAGAAAACAAACAAAGCAAAACAAAACAAAAAUAUGAUUGGACUCAUUGUAGGAGCACUGGUGCUUACCAGAGGCCACGGGUACGGGGAUAGGAGAGAGAGUGAUCAAAGCAUACAACUUUUCGAUUAUAAGGUGAAUACGUUAUGCAGACCUGAUGUACAGAAGGAUGGCUACGCUUAAUCAUAAGAUAUCCUAUCCUUGAAAUUCUAGAGAGUAGGUCUCAAGUGUUUUCAUCACAUACCCACAAAGAAGAUAACUGAUUGGGACCGUGGUUAUGGAAUUUGCUCCACCGUGGUACUCAUUUCACAAUGUAUACCUGGGUCAGAACAUUCUGUUGUAGACCUCGAAUAUGUAGUGUAUCAGUCAAAAAGAAAAAAAAAAAAAUGUAAUCACUGCUGAAAAGAAGACAGAAAUGGGUUUUCCGUGCUGUGUCCUAGUGCCCUGCCGGUCACAGCUAAGCUUCAGCAGACACCUGUUGGGAGAACACAGAGCCCUCAGUGAAUACAGUGAAAUCAAGGGAGCAGAGGCACGGCUGGAGCAUCCUAUUCACCGUCUGCAAUUGCCUGAGGUCAAGUUGUGGCGCUAGGAGAAUGCAGUCUUCCGACUCCUGGAUUAAAUCUACCCGCGUGAUUGGUACUAUUACUGCCAUCUUUAUGGGGACCAUGGAGAACGCUAACGGCACCGAGCAGAGUGGGACUGAGGACUCGCUUCCGGCCCAGGAGCAAGCUGGGAGCACCACUCUGCAGGAAGAACCGGGGCAGCUGCUUUAUCAUGAGGAAACCAUUGACCUCGGUGGAGACGAGUUCGGGUCUGAAGAGAAUGAAACUAUAUCGGAAGAUUCUAACAACUUCGUGGAUAAGCUUAAUGAGCACAUGAUGGAGAGCGUCCUCAUCUCUGACUCCCCUAACAAUAGCGAAGACGACACAGGUGACCUCGGCUGCUUGCAGGAUGUAGUGGAACCUGCAGAAGGCAACUCAGGUCCCAGACUGGAAAGCCUUGUGGAUGAAGGAGCAGUGGACACCCUGAGCAACAACAGUGCGAGUGACGGGGAGGGGGUAUCUAAACACAUCUCUGACACGACCCCCGACUCUGAGCACAAAGAAGUCAAAAGUGUGCCCUCCUUGGGAGAGGAGGGUGCAGAGGACCUGGGCCCAAGGGAUGAGAGCAGCCUCCCAGAGGGACCGGGGUGCACACCCCCUGCAAGGCAGUCCCCUCCCGCCGAGGAGCCCGUCCCCGUGUGCACUAUUUUCAGCCACUCGCUUCCUGCCCGCUCCCAGCCACCUCUGCUCCUGCGGGACGGCUUCGAGUCCCAGAUGGUGAAGUCCCCGAGCUUCAGCGGCGCCAGUGACACGGUGGCCAAGACCCCUCCCCAGGCAGUCCAGCCAAGCCCCAGCCUAAGUAAAUUUUUUGGCGAUCCGACCAACACGAAUUCGUUGGCCUCAGACUUUUUCGACUCAUUCACAACUUCUACUUUCAUCUCCGUCAGUAACCCCAAUGCCGGUUCUUCAGUUCCAGAAAAACUGUCUUCACUCUCGACCCCGGUGGGUGAGAGAUCCCCAAGUGUUGCCGAGCCUUCUCACUCCCCAGGGAUCGAAAAAUCAGAAUCCGGUGUUUGCACAGCUUCCCUAGAAAUUCCUCAGUCUCCAAAACCGUUUUCACAGAUCCAGGCUGUGUUUGCAGGGAGCGAGGACCCCUUUGCCACAGCCCUGAGCAUGAGCGAGAUGGACCGCAGAAGCGAUGCCUGGCUCCCUGGGGAGGGGACCAGGGACGUCCUGAUUUCAUUGGCAACCCAGCAGUACAGCACGGUGUUUGUAGACAAGGAGAGCCUCACCAUGCCAGGCCUCAAGUUUGACAACAUCCAGGGGGAUGCAGUUAAAGACCUGAUGCUUCGCUUCCUGGGUGAGAGAGCCGCGGCAAAGAGACAGGUCUUAAAUGCCGAGUCCGUAGAGCAGACUUUUGUUGGAUUGAAACAGCUCAUCAGCUGCAAAAACUGGAGGGCAGCGGUUGACCUGUGCGGGCGCCUUCUCACCGCCCACGGCCAAGGCUACGGCAAGAGCGGGCUGCCCACCAGCCACACGGCAGACUCGUUGCAGCUUUGGUUUGUGAGGCUGGCACUGCUGGUGAAGCUGGGCCUUUUCCAGAAUGCCGAGAUGGAGUUUGAGCCCUUUGGAAAUCUAGACCAGCCAGAUCUGUAUUACGAGUACUACCCUCACGUAUACCCUGGGCGAAGGGGCUCCAUGGUCCCAUUUUCAAUGCGGAUCUUACAUGCAGAGCUUCAGCAGUACCUGGGGAAUCCGCAGGAGUCCUUGGAUCGACUGCACAAAGUGAAGGCCGUCUGCAGCAAGAUCCUGACAAAUUUGGAGCAAGGCUUAGCUGAAGACGGGAGCAUGAGCAGCAUCACACAGGAGAACAGACAAGCCUCCAUUCAGCUGUGGAGGUCCCGCCUGGGCCGGGUGAUGUGCUCCAUGGCAAACUGCCUGCUCCUGAUGAAGGACUAUGUGCUGGCUGUGGAUGCUUAUCACUCAGUUGUCCAGUACUACCCAGAGCAGGAGCCACAGCUGCUGAGCGGCAUCGGCCGGAUCUUCCUCCAGAUUGGAGACAUAAAAACAGCUGAGAAGUAUUUUCAAGACGUGGAGAAAGUAACACAGAAAUUGGAUGGACUACAAGGCAGGAUAAUGGUUUUAAUGAACAGAGCUUUCCUUCACCUUGGUCAGAAUAACUUUGCAGAAGCCCACAGAUUCUUCACAGAAAUCCUCAAGAUUGACCCAACAAAUGCGGUGGCCAACAACAACGCCGCCGUGUGCCUCCUCUACCUGGGCAAACUCAAGGACUCCCUCCGGCAGCUGGAGGCCAUGGUCCAGCAGGACCCCCAGCAUUACCUGCACGAGAGCGUGCUCUUCAACCUGACCACCAUGUACGAGCUGGAGUCCUCCCGCAGCAUGCAGAAGAAGCAGUCCCUGCUCCAGGCGGUCGCCAGCAAAGAAGGGGACAGCUUCAACACACAGUGCCUCAAGCUGGCGUAGGGCACUCGCCUUUGGAGCCACCAGGGCCUCUGUAAACCGUGUACACUGGACCUAAGAUAUUAGCAGGACUGACGGACUCAAUAAAAUCUUUCACAGGUGCCUGGAAACAGGUCUUCUUUGUCUGGAGCCAGGGUGGAGGCCCAGACCGUUCUGGCACCGUCAGACUCCACCGAGCUCCGUGCCCACAGCUCUGCCGCGGUUCAGGAGUCCAGGGGGUGAACGUGCUCUGCACACGGUGGGCAUAGGCAGCAAUGGCCCAGAGGAUGCACUGGGUCCCUUUUGUUUAUUCUUGAAAGCUGGGCUGCUUCACGUAUUAAUUCUGAAUAUCCUCAGAGACAAGCUGAAAAACAUAAGCUCCCUUCUCACCCUGUAAAUCUUCCAGUUCAUUUGGGCAUUAAGCAGAGAAACACCAAACAGACUGCCAUGUGCCUUCCCUCUCAUUCCCUCCUCUCACAUCCCAGAACUAAACACAUCACUUUUAUUCAUCUGAUUCUUUUUCAGCUGAUGCCACACACCAUGGACAGGCCUGGGGAUGGUGGAAAAGAAGCCACCGUAUUUCUUCUGUGCUUUGUACAUCACAGGGAGAUGAGAGGAGCUCCUAAUGCAUAAAACAACCAGGGAGGCAGGUGGGUCAGGAGGUAUUUCUGAACCAAGCACAUGUAAUAUUUAUGUGUUCUUUCAUCCUGAACAUCAGCACAUUUGCUUUAGUAUUUACACAGUAUUGGGGAGGAGAGUUUUCUCCUUUCCCCUGCUAGGUUCUUUGCUUGGUCUUAUAAGAAAAUUGACAUUAUGCAGAUUAACAGGACAAAAGCUUAAUUAUGUACAUACAAGGGACCCAUAAGAAUAGGAGACCCAAGGACAAGCCAGGCAAUAGAGGCUUCUGUGCCUAAAGAAUGAGCUAGGGGCCUGGGGCUUCCACGGGAGAGGAGGAGGAUCACGGAGCUGGAACAACAGAUCUUGGUCAUUAGAUGCUUACCCUGCUGAACAGCUAAGUCACGCAGAUAAAAGUUGAUAGCCGAUAAGAACAGCCGCCCUGGCCCCCCAACCCCCACCCCAGCACGGCCUCCUACCCAAACCCUUCUAGGGAGUUAAGGGAGAGGCAAACAUGUCUUAAACAUGCUGCAUCUUGAUGGUCUUCAGCUCAAACUAAAUCCACUUGCCAAAGUAGCAUAUUUGGGGCUCACAUACUCUCUCCCUCCCUCAGGCCCACCUUUGAAAUUCCUGAGAGUUUUGCAGCCCAGAAAUUGAGCUGUAGAUUGCUCCAGCCCACGGACCCCGUCUCUUAGUCCUGAGAAUUGGUUCUGUUAAGCAGUUGGGUCUGAUUUCAGGAGGCAGCUAUGCAAGAGGGCUCCCGGGUUAGGCCUGCGUAUGAGGAAUCAGGUGUUUGAUAAGAAGCUUUUCUUGGGGACAGAAGAAAACAACAGGGCGUAAUGACUGGAGCAGACUGGAGCAGUCCCCAUUUCUGAGCUCCCGGGCUUAGAGCAUCCUCAGAUGCAGGGAAGCCAGGCAGUGGAAAUCGGGCAGAUGGCCCUAACCUGCAGUGUGAAGGUCUCUGGCGAGCUUUCUGAGUGGCCCACGCAGCAGCAGGCAGAAAGACUGUGCCCACGUGAGCUCGUGUGGUUCCUCGAGUGUCUGAUGGGGUGUCCGGCUCUGGUUUGCGCAGCUUCAGGAAGAGGGCGGUUUUAGUUCUCAGCAGCUCCAAGUAAGAAAGGCAGGGUGCAUUGGAAACAUCAAUUUGUGGAGAGUUACAGCCAAAUAUAACAGGAAAACAGAAGAAUUUGGGACCUAGUCCAGUUUACAGGUAGAAAACGAAACCUCACAGCCCGUUAACAGCACAGAAUCUGCUGGCCACGAAGGCGUACUACUGAAACACGAUGUCUCUCUGCAGCCACCCGGCUUCCAUCAAAGACAACUGCAGUGAGACUAAAUCUGUUUUCCAGUUAAGUCUCGUUAGAGUAAACUUAGCCUGGUUAUUUACAUAGAUGCAGAAGAACAGUACCACCAUCUAGGCUCUACUAAGUCUGCUUUGCUGGAACUUUCCAUAAGGAGUCUUGGAUGAACCUCAAAAGCCUCUCCAGGCUAAGAAGCCACACCAAGGACCUGCCAUCAGACUUUGUCUGCAGUACACACCACUUUGGGUAAAUUCAUCUCUUCUCAAGGUCCCCAAAAUACCCUGAGGCUCCUAGGUCACCGACCGGGUCAGGCUGCCGGGAACCCUGUGAGCAAGGGGCCAGGCUGAUUUUCCCCAAGGGUCUUUUUUUUUUUUUAAUUUUUAUUUAUUUAUGAUAGUCACACAGAGAGAGAGAGAGAGAGAGAGAGGCAGAGACAUAGGCAGAGGGAGAAGCAGGCUCCACGCACCGGGAGCCCGACGUGGGAUUCGAUCCCGGGUCUCCAGGAUCGCGCCCUGGGCCAAAGGCAGGCGCCAAACCGCUGCGCCACCCAGGGAUCCCUUCCCCAAGGGUCUUUAUUGGCUUCAUAAGAUCAGCCUUAGCUCCUGGAAGCUGAUCAUCUCAGUCUUUACAUCACUCUCAGGACACUCCAGUCGAAGCCUCGUAACACAGCCAACGUUCCCAGGCACGUCCUGUUGCAGGACCGGGUUCUAUUGCACUUCCGCACAUGGAUCGCCACUAAAAUGAGAAUACGAAGUUUGCAAAAUCUGGAGAGAUCAGGUGAGGAGAAAAAUUGUUUCGUCUCUGCUCACAAAGGUAUAUGUUAAAUUGUUAAUACCUCAGGAGAAGGUUUCCUCGCAUCUGGAAAAACAAAAAGAACAGGUAAUAUUUCAAAGCAGACGUCAUAAGGUCAUAGUUAUCCUCCUAAGUUCACGUGGUUCCAUGUGACACUUGUUCUGCUUGAAUCCGGUUUUCAUUAGUUGUGGAAGUUCCUACCCAGCUCACUUUGCCGACGUAAGGCUGUCAGCAGCCCACCCUUGCCAGAGUCCUGUCCUUGACUGUCCCUGAGCAGGAGGUGCCUUUGCAGGACUGUGGCGGAGCAGCCAAGUCGAGCAUGAGCUCCCUGUCAUGGACAAGCUUACGCUGUGGUUAGAGACCCGAGGAGAGUUCCUUAUACUGGAAUCCACAGAACUGCUCAUUUCUGAACAUUUUAAGGUAACUGGAAUUCUGGCCAGUAAGAUUAUCCAGGACCACCAGGUUCCUAGUAAUUUCAUACAGUCAUAGAACAUUUAUACUAACACUCACCCACACAUGCAACCUAAGGUCUAUCGUCGUGAUGGGACGUGCUUUCCAUACAAAUUCACACCCCAGACAAGCCUGAUCAGCCUACCCUCAGUCUUUGUGGGAGAGAACCAAGCUUAUGCGAUGCUCUGGGGGCGCUCUGCGAAGCCUCAACACUUCGUCUGAGGCCAAUGGAGGCCUUAUCUAGGACUUGAUUUUUGGAAGUUUAUUGAAAAUAACACAUUUGGACGCCUGACUGAAGAGGGUCACAGACCUCUGUCAAACAGUACUCAGUUCAGGGUGGAUUUAGGCAAAAGUGUCAGAAACCAAAGACCUGGUUAAGGUACAGAACCUUGGCUUCCUGGCAGAUGAUUUAAAAGUCAAACUUUCCCAGUCUAUUGUCAACAACAAACCUGAAAUCCAAGAAAAUUUCAUUUUAAGAGCAAAAACCAAUCUGUACCAUUCAUUUACUUUUAAUAUUAAAACUGAAUUUUAAUCUUGGCUUGAUCCCACAUUAAAAGUUCUCUUCAGAGUUUCCUUUUCCACAAACCUGCAGCUUUGUCCUCAACAAAAGUACAUCGGGCGCCUGGGUGGUUCAGCGGGUGAAGCGCCUGCCUCCAGCUCAGGUCUUGAUGUCAGGAUUCUGGGAUCGAGUCCCGUGUCGGGCGCCCUGCUCAGCGGGGAGUCUGCUGCUCCCCCUGCCCACUGCUCGUGCUCAAAUAAAAUCUUUACUAAAAAAAAAAGUCCAUC